AUGGUUCAAGCUAAGCCUAGAAAAGGAAAGAAAAAGGCACCGAACCCAGUGGCAGCUAAGAAUGCUAAGGGAAAGAAGAAACAAUGGGGUGACAAGAAGCCUACUGGAAAGUGCUUCAAAUGUGGAGAGAAGGGUCAUUGGAAGCCCGAUUGUCCUAAAAAGGGCAAGGCUACAGCUAAUGAUAGCGUUAUUAGAAAGAUGGUUAACAUACGUAGGUGGGUUGUGAUUGAUAAUGAUACUUGUGAGGAUGCCACUAUAAUACAGGUUGAUAGUGUCAAUAAGCAUGGAAUCCUCCUUCAGGUGGUCCAAAUUUUGACAGAUUUGGAUCUUGUGAUUAAGAAAGCGUACAUAUCAUCUGAUGGUGGAUGGUUUAUGGAUGGUAAGCUUUUAUUCUCAUUUCCACUCAACCAUCUGCAGAGACUUGAAAGCAGUGAUGAUUUGGUUGAACCUUCUUUGAAAGGACUGGUUGGAUUGGUCCCUUCUGAAGAGCAUACGUGCAUUGAGCUAACAGGAAGAGACAGGCCCGGUUUAUUAUCUGAAGUCUGUGCUGUCCUGACAGAUCUCGAGUGCAAUGUGGUGAAUGCCGAGAUAUGGACGCACAAUGAGAGAGCUGCAGCUGUGGUUCUUGUCACUGACCAUGCCAUGGGUUGUGCAAUUGAAGAUCCAAAGCGCCUAGCAGCGAUAAAGGAGCUCUUGUGCAAUGUUCUCAGGGGACACAGUGAUCUGAAUUCUGCAAAAAUGACACUUCCACCACCUGGCGUCACCCACAGGCAAAGAAGGUUACACCAGAUCAUGUUUGCUGAUCGAGACUACGAAAAAGCUGACCACUUGAUUGGUGGCAAUGUUCAUGCCAAGACCUCCAGACCUCAUGUAAUUGUAACAGAUUGUGCUGAAAAAGAUUAUACGGUCAUCACCAUGAGAUCAAAAGAUCGACCCAAGCUAUUGUUUGACAUUAUCUGCACUCUGACAGACAUGCAGUAUGUAGUCUUUCACGGGGUAGUCCACACAGGAAGAACGGAGGCAUAUCAGGAAUACUAUAUUCGGCACAUGGAUGGGGUCCCUAUUAGUUCAGAAGCUGAACGAGACCGUGUGAUGCAAUGUUUGGAAGCAGCCAUUGAAAGACGAGGCACUGAGGGUCUAGAGUUGGAACUGUGUGCUGAAGACAGAGUAGGACUUCUCUCCGACAUCACCAGGAUAUUUAGGGAAAAUGGUCUGUGCAUCAAAAGAGCAGAGAUCUCAACAAGGGGAGGAAAAGCUAGGGAUACAUUCUAUGUCACGGAUGUGACUGGCAGCCCCGUUGAUCAUAAGACUGUCGACUCCAUCUGUGAACAG